UAAGCACAUUAGUCAGUCAUUAACACAGUUUAAACAGAACAUCCACCAUCCCAGCUCUUUAUUUUUCAACAUCGACCAUGGCGUGGACACCUUUCCCCUGCUUGGCAUUGAUUUUCCUCUGGGCUGCUUCUGCAGUCUGUAUGUCAGUUUUUUACAGCAGUCCAAAGGCACACAUGCUCCUACGCUCCAGAAGGGACAAUUUCUGGCUAGAGGAACUCAAGCCUGCAUCUUUGGAGCGAGAGUGCCUUGAAGAGCAGUGUGACUUUGAGGAAGCUAGAGAGAUCUACCAGACCAGAGAGGCCACAUUAGAGUUCUGGAUGGUGUAUACAGAUGGGAACCAGUGUAUCCCAAAUGCCUGCAAGAACGGAUUUUGUGUGGAUCAGUACCGGUCCUACAUCUGCUCCUGCAACCCUGGCUUUGAAGGAAAAUACUGUGAUCUACUUAGCACGCACGCCAACUGCUCGGUGGAGAACGGAGGCUGUGAUCACAACUGCCACGAGAGGCCAGACAAGACAGGACGUUACUGCAGCUGUAUUAAUGGAUACACACUCCAUGAUGACUCCAAACAGUGUGUUCCAAAAAAUCAACAGUCUUGCGGACAGAUUUUGAUCUCUAGGUCAUUCUACUCAACAAAGUCCUUUAAAGGUCUACAACCUUGGCUUUAUGGUGGUGAAGUUGGCAAAAAGGGAGAGAGUCCUUGGCAGGCUCUUAUCUUGAAUUCCCAAGGAAAAUUUCACUGUAGCGGUGUCUUGAUUGAUGAAAACUGGGUUCUCACUGCUGCUCACUGUCUUGAGAAAUUCAGCCGCUUCACCGUCAGACUGGGAGACUACAAACGUUUGAAGUUUGAAGAAUCCGAGGUCACCCUUCCUGUGGUCAAAAUUGUCCCGCACCCAAAAUACAAUAGCCUGACGGUGGACAACGACAUAGCUCUGCUGCGUCUGGAGUCGCCCGUAACAUUCAGCACGUACAUCGUCCCUGCCUGUCUGCCAAGUCGAGACCUGGCCGAGCGCGUGCUCCACCUCAACGGCACCAUGACGGUAGUGACAGGCUGGGGCAAGUACAAAGAAGGGACAAUGUCGUACAGCUCGGAUCUCAAACACAUCAGCCUGCCACUGGUGGAGCAAUCCGAGUGCGCACACCACAUGGUCAACAACCUGACGGAGAACAUGCUGUGCGCCGGCAGCAUCGGGAGUACCAAGGACGCAUGCAAGGGUGACAGCGGCGGCCCCAUGAUGACUCUAUACCGCAACACGUGGUUCCUCAUCGGCCUCGUAUCCUGGGGCGAGGGCUGUGGCAACACAGACAAACUGGGCGUCUACACCAAAGUCUCCAAUUACAUGGAGUGGAUCAAUAGCGUGAAAAAUCAGCUGUGAUCGAAUCUUGUUGCUUCAGAUCUGUUCUGUCUAUCGUUCCAGAUUUAGUUAGGACUUUUAUUUUGGAAUGGCUUUUCCUUUUACUAAAAACAAGAUCGGAAGGUUGUGAGUUUAAAUCCCAGUGCUACCACUGUUGGGCCCUUGUGCAAGACCCUUAACCCUCAGUUGUAUAAAUGAGUACAAUGAGUAAUGUAAGUUGCUCUAGAUAACGGCAUCUGCCAAAUGCUUCUAAAGUUGUAAAGCCCUGUUCAGAGGGGAUUACAAAAGAAGGAACCGAUUGUGAACAGCUGAAACGAGUCGUUAGUGAUUCCAGACUUUACUUCCUGCACAAACCUAUGUAUGUUUGUAACAAAAAGCCCCGCCUCUGGUCUUCAUUGGCUGCUCGCUGACAGCAGUAGACCAAUCACAACAAACUGGCACAUCUGACCAAUCACUGCAGAGUAUGCUCUCUGAAAGGAGGAGUUUAGAAUGAAUCCUUUAGAACGGAUCAUUAAACAAGUCAUUUUUGACGCUGGGGGGAGAAAACGCAAUGCUGCAGUUCAAAGUAUGAUCACAUUAAAGUGGUUUUUGAUCUCAGACGCGUGUAAAUCUAUUGUAGGAGAGCUUCAAAACAAAAUUAGGCACGUUUCAAAACCAUAAUAGGUGCACUUUAAAUCUUACCAAAUUCAUAAAAAUGAUCACAUGAGAGUUAUUCGUCCCUACUGUAUUAAUUUAAUCGCUGUCUGUAAUAAUAAUGAUGAGUCUUUAGUGAUCAUAUAUACAUAUGCACAGUGAAAUUCUUUUCUUUGCAUACCCCAGCAUGUUAGGACGCUGGGGUCAGAGUGCAGGGUCAGCCAUGAUACAGCGCCCUCUGGAGGAGAGAGGGUUAAGGGCCUUGCUCAAGGGCCCAACAGUGGCAGCUUGGCAGUGGUGGGGCUUGAACCCCUGACCUUCCGAUCAGUCACCCAGAGCCUUAACCGCAAGUAUUUUAUUAACGACAUCACCCCAUGAAACAAAUCCUGUCCGAAUAGGGCCUAAGACCUAAAUUACCUAAAAAAUAUCAUGUGCCACAAGUGUGUCAUUCCAGAGUUGAAGACUUCACCCAUUUUAAAUUAGAGCUACAGUCUUUAAAAUUCACUUCAUUUCUUUUGCUUUCGAGAUUUUAAAAUGAACCCAUUGCUUGACCUUUAACCUGAGAUGUCAAGAGGAUGUUUAAAAAGCUUCUGUGUAGAAUGAUCUUGUAUUGUGACUUUUACAAAUCCCUAACACUGGAGACUCCUUACAAAAUUGUUGAAUCUCCUUAAAUAAAAUUCCACAAUAUCAAUGACUAUA